AUGGGCGACGACUCUAGCAAUUAUUCAAAGCAACCAAGACUGCUUCCAUGCACCGAGCUGGCUGCAGAAUGGGCUAAAAAGUACGGUCCCAUGACAUACAUCAGCCAUAUGGGGCAACGAAUGUUGUUUCUGAACACAACCGACAUCACACGGAGACUCCUGGCCUCUGAGGAUUACAAGCUUCUCGUUGCUGAUAGAGCUGGCAGCACGCCUACAAAGAUAGGCUCGUACAACGGCAAGGAUUGGGUGUUCACUUCAUAUGAUACCGCCAUGAGGAAGAAACGCCGAAUGUUCCACAGCGCCAUUGGUCACUAUGGCGACGGUAUAGAGAAGUUCGAGAAUGUCGUUUCUGGCGAGAUGGACAGGCUGUUGACGGAACUUGAACAGUUCGAAAAUGAGGACGUUGAUCUCUGGAAGUAUCUGGCUAGGUCCCUGAAAAUCAUCAUUUACAUCCUGACUGUGGGCGAACAGCCUGAUGACAUCACUAAAAUGGAUAUUCUAGAAGAAUACGAUAUUGCCUUUAAUAAACUGUGGCUACCAGAAUAUGACACUGUGCUGUCGAUUUUUCCUUUCUUGGCAAAAUUCCCGGGGAAAUUCAAGAACGCGGUAGACAGACUAUUAACUGCCAAGGCUGGGGCUGAAGAACUGGUGUAUUUUGCACCUAAGAGAACAUGGAUUCCUGGAAAACCUCGUGGAAUUGCUGAUUACGUUUUCGACCUCCAAAAUAAGCCUGGCUAUGAAUAUAUGAAGGACGAUCCUGAACACGCCAUCGCUUUUCUAACUACGCUUUUUUGGGCAGCUCAUCUCACAUCAAGAGCCUCAGUUCUUGGCGUGUUUCUGUGCCUCAUCAACUACCCCGAGGUGGCCAAGAAACUUCACCAAGAGAUUGACCAGGUCAUCGGUGACCGAAGGCCAAAACUCGAAGACAAACCCAACAUGCCGUAUACCGAGGCAACAAUUUUUGAGGCAUUGCGUCUAAUCACUCAAGUUCCACUCGGUGGAUUAAGAAUUGUUAGCCAGGACAUUCAAGUUGAUGAUGUGACCAUUCCCAAGGGCACAAUGCUUCUAAUAAACAGUUGGUAUUUUCAUCACAAUGAAGAAAUUUGGGAAGAUCCUUGGGCAUUUAAACCAGAGCGUUUCCUGAACGACCAAGGCCAGCUCUUACCCGCAGAUCAUCCUGUGAGAAAAAACGUGCUUCCCUUUGGCGCGGGAACUCGUUCAUGCCCUGGAGAAAUAUUUGCCAAGUCUCGAGUCUUCAUGUUUCUCACAAACAUUCUUCAGAAGUACGAUGUUAUCCCUCCAGCCAAUGAGAAACUUGUACCUGCAGAUUUUCGCUCUAACCACGAUGCUGUCAAGGGGUUUAUCCGCCAGGUUCAACCCUUCAAAUGCCGAUUGCAACGCAGACACGCCAGGAUCAAAUAA